UCCUACAUUGUUACGUCAACGGUAACGUAAAUAAAAAUAGUAGCUAAGAAACAUGCAUUGUAGACAAAACUGGUGAUAAAAUCAACAAAACACAUCAAAAAAUGUACAAGACACGUUACAUUAAUUUAAUACUCCUCAUAUUCGCGCAAUCCAGUUUCUCCCAGUCACCCUCCGACUGGGACUACUUGGUGUACUCGCAGAGGUGGCCGAUAACGGCUUGCGCCGAAUGGGAGGAGAAAAACAAGUCGAACACCUGCACUCUGCCGAAUCCUGAGGCCUGGACCAUCCACGGCCUGUGGCCCAACAAAAUCGGUAAGGAGGGCCCGUUCAACUGCCCGUCGGCGAUACACUUCGACCCCCAGGCCCUGGAACCGAUACGGGACGAGUUGAACGCGCGUUGGACGAACAUCGAGGCCAACACGAAGCCAGACAGCUUCUGGAAGCAUGAAUGGGUCAAGCAUGGUACCUGCGCCUCUUCGUUGCCCCAGCUUAACAGCGUUUUCAACUACUUCAACAACGGUUUACGACUGAAUAAGGAGUACAACAUCAUGGAUAUUUUAAUGCAAGGUGGGGUCAAACCAGGGGGCAAUGGCUACAAUGUUAUGGACUUAAACAACGCCAUUGUGUCGGUUACUAAUACGAAACCGGUGAUUUUCUGCGAGGUCGAUAAGAGAACCAAGGAGUCUUUGUUGAGCGAGAUCAGGAUUUGCUUCAACAAGAGUCUGGAAUUGAUCGACUGCAUUCCCAAUGGGCCAAUACAUGAUUUUGAAUCUCAUGGAGACGUUUUGACUAACUGCAACUUGGACAAAAGUGUUAAGUAUUAUGCUGAUUUGCCCAUGAUUUAUGCUGAUCCUUUCAAUUACGAUAUUGAUAUGUAUGAGGAAUACGAUAAAAGAUUAGCAGCAUAUCAGCUACACAGGCAUAUCAAAUUUAGGGAAGACUUACUAGAUUUUUAUAGAUACAUACGGUUCUUAAUAUGGUUUACGUUUUAGAACUGUGCACAAUCAAUUGAGUUGUAUAUCUAAUAGAUUCAUGUAAAUAAUUAAACAAAUUACUUUUCCCUUUAUACUAUUAGAUAACUCACUACAAGAUAUUGUUGUAUAUUUUAAUUUUUACUAAUUAGUGGACAAAACUGAUGUAAUUAUGUACUUAUAUUUUGAGUGGUUGUUAUAUAUAGUAUAUUUAUUUAAAAUUAAAUAAUAAAAUUACAAAGAAAUAACUUACUUAAGUAUAUUAGGUGUAGGUAAACAGUUUUUGAUGGGCCUUUUCUUACUAUUUAUGGUACUUAUUUGUAUAUAUUGAUCCUUAUUUUGUUUUCAUUUCUAAGUAAUAGGAAUUAUGUGAUAAUUUUUUGUAAUUCUGGUACUUGUUAGUAUACAUUAAAUUGAAUUAUACUUCAAGUGAAAUAUAAACUUAACUAUAAAGU